AUGAAAGAUAGAAACGUCCUACACAUCCACAUGGUAUAUAAAGGCUCCAUGGCGGAGCGGGCCGCUUUUGGCGUCGCACGAUGGCGAUUGCCGGUAUCGGCGAGGCGCACUAUGCGCAAUAACCGCCCCACUCGCAAGGAGAGAGGGGAGAGCGAAAGCCUCUGGGCUAGGUCCAGUUUCUCUGUAAAGCGCGCAAACUCAUCAAUUGAUCUAGAAACUUCCCCUGCCAACGUUUUUCUAGGUGGCUGGCUAUACAAUCAAUCUCCAUUAGAAUUCCUCCCGGCAAUCUUCUUCGGCUUCUCAGUUCUCACCCAGCCUAGUUCGCGUCCAUCGCCGAAUCGUGACGUUCAUCACCUCGCAGUGAGCGACCUUCCAAAUGUGUUUGUUUAUGCAUCUUCUCAGAUUUCAUUCGUUCUGAAGAUCUUCUGCUCGCUUUCAUACGUCUGGAUUCGCAGGCUUGUUGCUCUAUUGUCCAAGAGGAUGAAUAAUUACAUCAUGCCUUGUGAUGCUCUUGCAGAUGCUUCGAGGAAUGGCGUUGCACAUGAAGCAGUACAGAGCAUGAAGAAAGUCAGCAAGACGAUGACUGAGUCAGAGGCAAGACAAAUUCUUGGAGUGUCUGAAAAUGCACCAUAG